UCACUCCGGUGCUGCUGCAGCGGUUUCCACGUCUGGAACACGUCAUGCUGAGCCGGCGCCGCGUCUUUGCGGUGGAGCGACUUGGCGGCCGGGGUGAGUCGCGUUGCCUCCCACCCUGGGGUCGUCUCCUAUUCUCCAGCCCCGCUCGAGCGGCGUCCACUGGCCGCACCCCCUCGCUUCCUUGCUUUGAAGGAGUCGAGUGAAUAGGUUUGGGACGCCAUACACAGUGCAGAUCCUCCGGUAUUUGCUGGUCAAUCACCUACCACCCACAUCCUACUUGUCGGGGCCUCCUUUCCCCCUGAUUCCCGUCGUGGAAGCUUCUUCUAUUCGAGGUUGGGUGACUCCGAUAUUCUUGCCCCAGCCAGCAGCCCUGCAAGCCCCUUGGUGGCCACAAACCCAUUUCUCGGGCCAGAUUGCCGGGCAUAGGCUUCCUGGAACACUUCCUGAUCCAGAGGGGACGGGCUGGCAUCCUCUUCCCGCCAAAGCAGCCCAAGCUUCUGCCCGAUUCCAGUAGACCACCCAGACCAUAAUAACCCCUAGCACAAAGGUGAUAAUAAAUGGAUGCUAGCCAAAGGGGCGAGGAGAUUCUUGCCUAUAAUCUCAGCACUUGGGAGGCUGAGGCAGGAGGAAUAUUGGGAGUUCUAGAGCAGUUUAGGAUACAGAGUAAAACACUGUUUCAAAAGCAAAACAAAAUAAAAGGCAGGUUCCUUGUUUCACUUAAUUUAUAUUGAAAAGUUUUUUGUUGUUUAAAAUUUGGACUUUUGUCUGUUUUACCUGUGUGAACUGGCCAGGGAAGUCAAAAGAGGGGCUCAGAUCCCUUAGAACUGGAGUUAUGAACAUCCAUGUAGGUGCUGGGAACGCAAUGCCCACCCAAUGCCCGUCUUCUGGAAAAGUAGUCAGUAUUUUAAAAUACUGAACCAUCGAUCCAACUCCAAAAACGUCCCCCAUUUGUCACAUGAUCAUCCUUUCUUGCUUAAAAAGACAAACUUCUCCUAAGUAAUUAUAAUUGCUAUUGUUUUUGUUGCUGCUGCUGCUAUUUCUGUUUUGUAGUGUGAGGAUGGGACCCAGUGCCUUGCGCAUGCUCUGGAAGCUCUCACAGUAUCACAUCCCAGUCCCAGCUGCUGUCAUUUUUACCAGUGUCCUCAUAAACUCCAGGAGAUACCUCUUCCUGCUUCCUGGUGUGUCAGGGACUCCAGAAAGCACUGUGUAGGCCCGGCCUUCACCUUGCUCUUUCUCCCUCCCAUAUCCAAGAAGUCCGAGGCACUUAGACUUGUUUCAGGUGAACCUUAGUUAAGGGUCUGUUAAGCUAUCUGCACUGCUAAUUGUCAUGACUUGCAAGGACUUUGCCUAGCACAUGUUCAAAAUGUAGGUUUCUGUCGGCUGUCAACAAUUGUUAUAAGAACCCUAGCUAGACAUCUUCCAAGCAAGGGUGGAACUUUAUCCCAGUGGGGAUGUGGAUGUCCUGUGUCCUUGUUCACCACUGGUACAGGACAUACCUCCUCAAGGGAACGCUGCCAGUUGCUAGGAAUGCUGGAGGCGUUGAGGGCAUCCUGCCCAGCUUGAUACAGAUUCUCCUCACAGAUGGGGCCUUUGAGGACCUGGGACAAGGGUGUGUGGUGCCAGGAGUCACUUGCACCUACAGACGGAUACCAGACAAAACUCAUGGGUGUUCACUGGACUUCAGGGAGGAACAGAAUGAACUGAGGGGUCUGGAGAGACAGAUGCCACUUCUGAAAUUGGCUUCCCAGGACUCAGGCAUGGAGAUGGUGGUUGGAGACAGCUCCCUGGCUACCUUAUCAGGACUUUCUCAAGAUUCUCUGAACCUGGAGCCCAUGGGGAGCCCUGAGCUGCCUCCUGCCCAGCUAGACCGGCUGCUGGCCAGACGGAAGCUGGAACAGGUGCUGGAGAGGUCUCGAGAGUUUCCCAGCUUGUCUGGGCGGCGCGGCUCCCUGCACUUGCUGAACAAACCUGUAGGUGGAGUGCCCAUCUUUGUAGGAGAACAGGAGUCCACGGAGGCAGACAUUGAGCUAGAGGCUGAUCUGGAAGAAGCAAAGGAGGUUGGUAAUAUGGAUUCUGGAGCCUGUACCUGCCUUCCGGGACAGGGCUUGCGUUACCUGGAACACCUGUGCCUUGUGCUGGAGCAGAUGGCCAGGCUCCAGCAGCUGUACCUGCAGCUGCAGACCCAGAGACCCUCUAGGCCUCAGCUUUCGAGUGAAUCUCUGCGUGUUCCAUCUCACCUGUCUCAGGAGCCUGAGGAGGAAGUAUUGGCUCCAGUUCUUUCAUCAUCGCAUAUCCCAGACAAUAGGGUCCAGGGGCACAGAGAGGAGUUGAGCCAGACAAAGGACCCAGAAGGUGCAGAGGCAGCUUCACUCCCAGAGGUGGGGUUGCUUGUCGCCAGCCCCUCCAGGCUGCCAGAGGCCUUGCUGGAACCAACCCCCAUCCUUCCGCCCUCCCAGGGACACAAGGAUCUUUCCCACUGGGAUAAGGUCAAAGUUCUGCUCAAUCGGAUACGUUGGAGGAGCCCUCGGCUUCCAGAGCCUCCUGUUCCUCCUGAUAGUUCUGGACCCAGGAUGGAGUUCAGGAACCUCUCUGAAAGGACUUCGUGCCAUUCCCAACGGAAGACCUUUAUUCCAACAUUGGUGGUUAAGAAGCCACGAGCAAAAAAUCUUUCUGAAAAGCUAUUGGUGCUUGCUCCUCUUCAAGGUGAAGGCCAAGUCCUUCUCUAAGCAUCGAGGCAAGGAGCCCUGAUUCCCCAAGAAGCCCUCGAGUACAGUUCCAACACUCGUCUGGGGUUCUUCCUCCUCGUCAGAAAUCUCUGGGCUUAGGCAAUGUGAACUGACUUAUUUAUCAGGUGCUCACAGAGCAUGUUGAGUAUGGGAAUGUGUCAGCAUGUUGCAGAUGUAUGUUUCUGCAGUCUUUGUUGGACUUUCUACUGCCCAGAUUCAGUCAUCUGAUGGAAUCAUUCAUACAGAGGGUUGGUGCUGUGGGUGUCACUGGAGGAUGGCACUGAUCUUCAUUUCACAAUGAACAAUUACUGACGUGGAUUUCUAAUUUCCUCCUCAUACCUGAGACAGCAGCCCUGGGACCAAGAGCGACACUGCCUUGAGUACCUUUGUAGUGAGUCACAGCUCUGGAGCACAGCCCUGGAAGACUAAAUGAGGGAUGGGGGAAGAUCAAUAACAUUGUGAAGAACAGCAAAUAACUUGCAAGGUCAAUUCUAAGAUGCUGUGUUCUAUCCUGGAGUUUUAGACCAUAGCAAAGUCUAAUUUCUGAGCCACAGCAUCCUACUUGGGAUGAUGCCCGCCUUACCUACCUCAUAAGCUUGUUAGGAGGAUAAAGUGACAUUAUACGUUC